GCAAACAACUUGAACAAAUAUCACAUUUUGUUUCUAGCAAUAGCUGGAAACAUUAAUUGUCUCUUUGCAUUCUGUUGGGUUGGCAAAGGAAAAUGGAUUGCUCUAAAACUUUUUUUCUUCUUAUUGGCAGUAUCUUGGCUAUUGUUUUUCUCACCUCGUCAGAGAUCUUAGCUCGUGAACUUAUUGAACAAGUUCAAACUAAAGGAAAUGAACAGGCAGAUUUGAACCAUUUUCAUGGUCACGAGCACAGAUAUGAAUAUGGAUAUGGGCAUAAGCACAAGUACGGACACGAGCACGGUCAUGGGCACAAACACGAGCAUCAGCAUGAAUACAAACAUGAGCAUAAGCACGAGUACAAACAUGACCAUAAACAUAAGCAUAGCCACGAGCAUGAACAUGGACAUAAACAUGAACACAAACACGGACAUGAUCACGACCACGGUCAUGCGCACAAGCACGAGCAUCAGCAUGAACAUAAACAUGAGCACAAAAAUGACCAUAAACAUAAGCAUAGACACGAGCAUGAACAUGGACAUAAACAUGAACACAAACACGGACAUGAUCACGACCACGGUCAUGCGCACAAGCACGAGCAUCAGCAUGAACAUAAACAUGAGCACAAAAAUGACCAUAAACAUAAGCAUAGACACGAGCAUGAACAUGGACAUAAACAUGAAAACACAGACACGGACAUGAUCACGAGCACAAGCAUGGUCAUGAAAAUGAAUAUAAACACGGAUACGUGUAUGGACAUGGACAUGAAUAUGGGAAAGGGCAUGGCCAUUGACAUGUUCCGAAGCAAGCCACAGUGAGCACGCAAGGCAUGGUUGCACAAAUUAAUGGAGAAUAAAGUUGGAAAUUAGAUGACGAAUUCCCUUUAGCAUAUUGCUAUUUGUUAGCAAAUGAAUAUGUAUUACUUAAAAAGCCAUGUAUGAAAGAUUGUAUGUGAAUAAAUAAAAGUGUCUGUUACUAGGCCCUUAAUAAAACUAUCAUCACUGUCAUUAUUUCACUCAAAUUACUGUUAUAUAAGAUAUGGUAUUUUC